GAUGUGCGGGGGGGGGGGGGGCUUUUGCUUGUUUAUCGGUCGCUAUCCCCACCGUGCGGCGACGAUCUCACUUCUCAUUGGUCCGAAUAGUCCCGUAACUAUUGGACGGACGUAACUGGGCAGCGACAUGAAGUCGAUAAAACACCGGAACGCCGGAAAUUUUUAUAUCAUUCGAGUCUAGUCCUCGUAACGGUACGCACCACGUAAUAAUUAUUAUACCAUGCCGCCCAAGACAAGCGGGAAAGCCGCUAAGAAAUCUGGCAAAGCCCAGAAGAACAUCUCUAAGUCGGACAAAAAGAAGAAGAAGCACAAGAGGAAGGAGAGUUACGCCAUCUAUAUCUAUAAAGUUCUCAAGCAAGUCCAUCCCGAUACCGGUAUCUCGAGCAAGGCCAUGUCUAUCAUGAACUCUUUCGUGAACGACAUCUUCGAACGCAUCGCCGCCGAAGCUUCGCGUCUCGCUCACUACAACAAGAGAUCCACGAUCACCUCGAGGGAGGUCCAGACCUCCGUGAGGCUGCUCCUGCCCGGCGAGCUCGCUAAGCACGCCGUCAGUGAAGGAACAAAGGCCGUCACGAAGUACACGAGCUCCAAGUGAACGCGCUAAAAACUUGAAAAGAGCAGCGCAUGAUAUAAUUAUCGUGUGCCUGCUUAGACAAAAAAAAAAAGGCCCUUUUCAGGGCCACUAAAGAUUUCAUAAAUGUGUUACUGAUUUAAUGUUUCUCUUCGAAUCGACGACGUCAAUAACUACUAUAAUAUUCACUCAAUUUGCGUUUACAUACAUAAUACAUAAUAAAUGAAUAAAAUAUAUAAACAUAAACAACGUA